AUGCCACCCCGAGCAUUUCCGUUCCCGUUCAGAGUGGGCACAGAUAUUUGCAGUAUCUCGAGGCUACGUGGCAUCAUUACCAGACGCAACAAUAGCGAUCCGCUGCGCCCGCUGCACCAAUUCUUGAAGAGAGUUCUUACCAGCCAUGAACAACAGUACUUUUGGCAGCGUUUUGCAUCUGCAGACGACAUUCUGACAAAACCCGACGCUGUUGCUGCAUUUCUCGCAGGCCGGUAUGUACACAAAAAGCUCACACAACAAAGAUUUGCUGCAAAGGAAGCAUGUCGCAAAGCAUGCGACCAUCUGGAUAAAAACGCCAGAGGCUUCCAACAAAUCAUGAUUCUCCCCGUUACUUUGCUGGAUCGUAACGAACACCAAUCGUCACGUCCACAAGGCUUAAUUCUCGACGAGAUAUACAAAGCACAGGCUCUUUCGAUUGAUUCUACGGAUACUAGUUUUGGUCGCAAGGUGCAAUCUCAUCUUCUUCUCGAUGUGCAUGAGUUGGAGGGACAGCUAUGUGAGAUCAGUAUCAGUCACGAUGGAGAAUUUGCGACCGCGGUAGCUAUUGUGCCAUCCAUGAAAGGAGACAGCAGACUGUAG